AUGCUUUCUUCUACCUUUCGCUUCGUUGCCCUCUUGGGUGUCAGUCUUGGUGCUUCUUUGGUGAGCGCCAUUCCUAAGGCCAACUACCUGAUUGUGAGCCCUCCGGAGACGGUCACAGUCACGACUUGCGGCUACCAAUGCGCCAGCACCGUUACUGUGACAGAGACCUUAACCGAGACAGCCCCGUACUUCUUCACCUGCCAGCCUUCCAGUACCUCUGUGGCAACUGGACCCUUGGGCUCCCUGACGUUGUCCUCCAGCAUCAUCCCGCCUCCGCCCUUCACCCUCAGCAACACAACUUCUCAAGCCUCACAUACACCUACGUCUUGGGCCACUGGUCCUGCUACCAGCUUGACUCCGUCAUCUUCCACCGGAAUCACCAUUGAGACAUCAACCCCUGGAGUCACCGUCUCCUCUCAGCUACCCAGUGUCAAGACUCCCAGCUCGUCAUUUACGUGGUUCGUGAACAGUACCUCCUCGUCCCGCGGCAGCUCCAGUUCAUUCAGCUAUGGCACUGGCACCGCUGGAACAGGCGUUACGAGCGCAAGGCCUUCGCUUUCCACCAGCCUUUGGAGCAAUUCCACAAAGCCCAUCACGCCCACCCUUGGCAUUACCAACACCGUCUCGUCAACCACAGACGAUGUGACGAUCCCCACCAUUCCUAGUAUCAGCAUCCCUCCUCCCCCGGCCACUGUCACUGGACCCAAUGCCACCGCCUCUUCAGGGCCAUCCUACACGGUCACAACAUACACCACCGUAAGGGUCAUCAACACAACCGUCUCUUCCCAGCUCCCGGGCGCCUCUACGCUCUCACUUCCGGCCUCGGUUACGACUGUGAAAACCACUAUGGUUGUCACCAUUACGAACACCAUCCCUCGCAGCACUGGCACUGGAUACUCAUCUACCAGUGGUGGAACCGGAGUAUCCAGCGCGUUCCCCUCGCUCUCGUCGAGUAGUUCCAUCCGCCUCUCCCACUCCCUUAGCUACGGGACAACUUCUACCUCAGCAUGGCUCAACACGACUCUCACCGUCCCUGGGGUCAGUACUGAGACGACUUCCUCCAAAAGGGCACCUACCACAGGCGCAACCUUCAAACCCAGUUCCGAGGUGCCUACCACAGGUGCAACCUUCAGCUCUGGCUCCAAGGUGCCCUGCACAACAGACACAGAGUUGAUGACGGGGUCCUCUGCCACACCAGGAACCACUGUCUCGAGCGCUUUGCCAAGUUUGGUCACCCCCACGACCACAAGCACUUCCACUACCGCCACCGAUGAAUACGAAUUGUCCUCAUCGUCUUCUCCGGAAACAACGGUGGGCAGUGUCAAGCCGUCCCUCGUUUCGAGCAGCGCUUCUGACAUUCCCGGUGCUUACACGUCCGAGUCGUUACCAGGGACAACCGUCUCAGACGUCUUGCCAACCCUUGUCACCCCUUCAAUUUCCAGUAUCACCGAUGCUUACGGAGCCUAUCCGUCCACUUCGGAGGAAUCAACUUCAGAUUCCCCCGGAACCACGGUUGCCAGUGCACUGCCGUCUCUGGUAACGCCGUCCGUAUCCAGCAUGACGCUGAAACCGACCACUUUCGAGACUCGUAAGUCUGAUGAGUCUACUUCAACCACGAUCUCGUACCCUAGCUACGACUAUGGCCACUCUCUUGAGGGAAUGGAUGUAAGGGCUUGA